AAAUGUUCAAGCAGUGAUUUUUGAAACCUUCUAUCAAAUGACACGACAUGGAUCAUUGUUAUUUUUCAAUUUCUCACAAUUGAUUCAAUUCGUUUUUAGUCUUGUCAUCGACUUAACGUGUUUGGCUAUUUUGAACAUUAAUUCGCUGUUAAACGAAUUAGCGCAAAUUUGCAUUUAAUUUCACUUAAGUCUUGAUAAAUUACUGACACUUUGUAAAAUUCAAUUCCUCAGACUAGACCGUUAAGGACGAUAAUGCUCGCUGAAAGAGUGAUUUAUUUUGUAUAAAAAGUAUAAUGACGAGAAAAGCGAAUACAAUUUAAAAGAAAGUGAUGGAACCACUUAGGAUAGUCCGAGUAUUUGAUGAUCGCAUGCCAAUCCAUCAUAAAGCGUUAGACAAACGCAGAGUGAGUCGCAGAAAGAAGUCCCCCACCGAAGAAACGCGAAAGCGAAGUAAGAUGUUGACCAAAUUAACGCGUGGAGCGUCUAAAGCCGACCUGAAAUCAGAGCCGCCGGCAAGGCCGACUACGCCGAAAUAUCUGAAGGACUACUUUGACUAUGACAAGAACAGCAGUAGCGAGGAAAGCGCCAGUGAUGAAGAUAAGACAAAGGAGCCAGCUAAAACCCUGGACAUGAGUCAGAAGAUCUACCUGACUGCCUGCAUCAAAGAGGGCGUGGCACCUAGACGGCGUCUUCUAAAGGGACUUACGCAGGACGGUCUGAACGUGAACAAUUGUACCCUUGCACCGAGCGACAUUAAGGCGCUGGCGUAUGCUCUAACGACCAACAUGUGCGUGACGUCAUUAGAUCUGAGCGGCAACGAGAUUGGUCGGGAAGGCAUGGAGUAUCUGGUGGAAAUGUUGGAAGAGAAUAUGACCGUCACCGAACUGCGUUUGUCUAACGCGAGGCUGGGUCUAUAUGAGGUGCUCCUUCUCACAGAAAUGUUGUCAGAGAAUAUGCGCAUCACCACUCUGCAGGUCGCAGGCAACGAUCUAGAUGACGAGUGCGCCAAGUGUUUUGCAGAGGCGUUAAAGUAUAACAGGAAGAUCAAGAAGCUGAAUCUCAGCCAUAACAAGUUCAACGAGACCGGAGGAAAGAUUCUUGCCAAAUCUAUAGAGACGAAUGAUUCAAUCGAGGAUCUCGACAUGAGCUGGAACUCCAUACGGAUGCUGGGUGCAAUAGCAUGGGGAGACACGCUCUACAACAAUGUUGACUUGAAACACCUAAAUCUGUCUUGGAACGGAUUUGGGGACGAAGGGGCCGCGUCCAUUGGAGAGGCUCUGGAGGAGAACAACACCUUGCUGACGCUUGACCUCUCAUGUAACCGGAUAGGGUUCGAAGGAAGCCGCGCCAUUGCGAAGGCGCUCGGAAACAACUCGUCGUUAGAGUCGCUCGCGCUAAGCCAAAAUCAAGUCACAACCCAGGGCGCUGUUGAGCUUCUUACACAUUUACAGAUAAAUGACAAGUCAAAACUGCAGGAACUACUUCUUGAGGGGACACAAGUGACCAGUGAGGCUGAUGAUCUGUACGAAGAAAUCCGAGGUGUCCGAAGCGAGUUCAAAUUCGUUCACGGUGGUCACGUGAUAUCACCGGAUACGCUUGCCUUUAAAACUGUCAAACCAGAGGAAAAGAAUUGUCGAAGCAGCAAAUCUUGACGCAGUGCUUUAUGAAAAAAUCAGUGUUGUGCUGUUUAUUUAUAACGUUGUAAUGAAGUUUGUUACUCUAAAACAAAGAUUUGUUCCGACCUUCAUCAUGAGUUCGUAACAGAAAUAAAAAUAAAAUAAAAAUCGCUCCGAUAUUUAUCUUGACAUCGCAUUUCGUGACCGAGCGUCAUAAAUGCAUAAUAGAAAAAUAUCCCCGCUUCGACAAAAGAAAUGAUUUCGUAAUUAUGAAUAGUUCUAAAUUUUAAAACGCACCACGUUUAAUGUACUAUUUACCAAAUGACAAAUUUAGAGCAUCCGAUCUUCGCUCAACUCAAUUAAUAUUUGUCAUACAAAGACCAGACGCAUAUCUACACGGCCGUCACUAUGACAUUAAAUAAAAGGCAAUAUUGUAUCGAAUAUGAACUAUUUCUCGCUUAAAGCAACCUGAAGUGUCAUCUAUGAUCUUCUACGCUGAAAAUAAAUCCACUCUAUACAUUUGCAUAUCUGCACUUUAUAAAUAUGUUAAGGAGCAAUAAUACUUACGGAAAUAAAUUUCAAUCCACUCA